AUGAAAGAGCGCUUGGGUGAAAUCCUGGCGCUGCGCAGCGUGACGGAUGCACUCCACCAGGAGGACAUGGUCAAGGUGCUGGGCGAAGUCACCAUCGUCUCGGACGAGUACUUACCCGUGCUCGAAUUCCUCAUGGCCCCAGAUAAUCUCACGUGUCUGAUCAGCUCGAUGCUCCAAGAGCCAACACCAACUGCAGCGGCCACAGCUGCAGCAGCUCGAGAGCCUGGAGAACCGCCGUCAUACGAAGAAUAUGCGACGGCCUUCCGAGCUCACUGGGUUUUGUGCGGCUCUGGCUUCUCUCACCAGCUUUUGGCAGCGCUCAGUGCUCUGAAAGGCGAGCCCCGGGUGCUGGUAGCUUGCACCCUGGCCGAGUUCAAUUCGCGCGACAAUAUGACGCUCGAGGCGUUCUCUCGGUUCCUCACGGCGUUCAUGGAUCAAUAUUCCCCGCAGAUGUUCAUGUCGCUCUUCGACACCAGUAGUCGGCAGCAGAAAACGUUUCUCGAGUCGCUGCUCUUGUUGGUAUUUUACGAGCCGCUGCGCGAUGUCAUGGUGCGUUUGUGUAACGAACUACCUGGGGCCGACGCCGAACCAGAGGUAGAGUCGCUUGUGGGCCUUGCAUUGUUGCAAUUAUCGCCGAUGAAUCCUGUCCAGAGUCUACGGGAGCGCGUGCACGAGAAGUUUCACCAGCGAGUGGCAAGUGACGUCGAGACUGUACGAUUCGCACGCAUGUUAUUUACCUGCGACUUACUUACCGACCUCAUCCACGAGAAGCGAGAAGGCAGCUUGGGCUUUGCGAUGAUGCUGUCGCUCAGCGAGUCGGGGCCUAGUGUGAAGCAACUAAUUGAAGCAGCCGUGCGAGACUUGUGUGAGCUGCCAACGUUGUUCGCAAAUGAGUCGUACGCGCUGAAAGUUCUCAACUCGUUGCUACAGCAGACGCAGUGUGGCUGCGUCACUAAGGCAGCAUUUUGCCGAGCGACUGCAUCAAUCCAAGACAAAGGUGCUAAUGGUCAAGCUGAUCAACCAAAAGUAGGAGAAGGUGGAGACCCGAUCGCUGCCGCUUGCACCCAGGGGAGUCCGCAUGAAGACCUGCCGCUGAUCUGGCAUGAAUUCCUCACGCACCUACCGACGCUACUGGCGUUCUUCUCGUUGACAUCCCCCGACGCUGCUUCUCUACGAUGGCGCUUCAAAUCUACACACGUGCAGCUUGUGUAUCUCAUGCUGCCGGUCCUCAACGUUUCAUGCACCGUGGCGGACACGCUUUUGAUCCACAAUCGAACGCUGGACGCACUUCUCGAGCUGAUCUUGCGGUUCCCAAAGGCGUCGAUUUUGCACUGCGCCAUCGCACGGUUGUUCAUCGUCGCUCUCGAGGACUCGCCAUACAUGUUUGGCAAGGAGCUGCCAGCCUUCCGCUCCCCUACAGACCCGCUGCGAAUUCAUUUGCUUCUGGGUGGCGUGCUGGACUAUGUGCUGCAAACGUUUGGAUGGACAAUCGUGCCUGAACAAGACGUCAUCGCAGCUCAAAACACGAAGAAUACCUUGCCACCUCCUGCAUUCCUGGACGUCGCUAUUUCCUUAGAUCAAGCUCUCACCAGUGCGUUUGCCCAUUCUGCACAGCUCUUUAUGGGCAAUUCGGCUUUUGAACGCUGGAAGGUCUUCCGCCUUGUAGUUCUGCUGCCUAUCCAAACGCUAUGGGAGGAGCAGUAUCAACCCCCACCUGCAGUCGAUAUGGGCCCUUCACCGAUGCUGGCAGCGAUGUUAUACGGAGAAAACUGCCACAAUCAGCCACAAGAAGACACGCCGACGGAUACAAAGCACCACAAGGAACGGAAACACUCUACGGACGGAAUCACUGCUGCAAUGACUCCAGCGCAAGCUGUACCACAAGAAGGACCGUGCGUGGCGGUAUUAAUUCCGCAACCUACCGUGACUUCGGAAAGUUCAGCACCAGCAGUCCACGAUGUACCGACGCCACUGGCAGCGCUGUAUAAUGAAGAUGAGAAACGCCUGAUGCUCAAAGUGUCUGGUAGCGACGACAAAGUGUCUUCGUCGCCGCCGAUUGCCCUCGUGAUGCCCGCCACAGUACCGCAAACCACAUGA